UGUAUUCGAAUAUCAAUCGUGUAAUACGUGGUAAAGUUCAAAAUGAGUGCAAUUUUUAUAGGCGGAUUUCUUUGCAUUCUCUCCAUCUAUAUUUCCGAUGGAUCACCAAUCACAAAUGCUGCCAAAGAAGCUCCAAUUUCAGAUGAUGCAAGCUCAGAUUACACCUCGAUGAUUCGAAUGUCAGAAAUUAUCAGCAAUGUGAUGACAUCGAAUGAUCUCAGAUCUGAUGACAAAAGGACUGUUAGUGAAUCUCUGUGCAAAUCGAUGCUCAUGAUAUUGAGUACUUUCAAGGCAGCAGGGACAUUCAGAUCAGACAUGACUGAAACAAAACACCUGACCAACGAUCAUGAAGCUCAACAAACCAUAAUCAGAAAAAUUUCCGCUACUUUUCAGUCGUGCCAGUCGCACGAGGUCAUUAAAAAUUAUACCCAAUCUAUAAAAGAAAUAUUUGAAAGCACUAUAAAAGAAAAUCCAGAUCUGCCGAUAGAUUUGCAGAAUAACGAUAUUAAAAUUGAUUUGUUACAAAAAGACGGUUUGAAAUCAGAUCACACGAAUUACUCGAGAAGUAUCAGCGACGAUCUCUACAAAGUCCAAGAUGACACUCCGGAUUUUGAGAACUUGGAUGACAGACCGUCAUUAGGAGAGAGAAACUCCAGGGGGCAGAAGAGUAAAAUAGAUUCUCCCAAACUAAAUUCCAAGAUAACUUUUGGCAGGUAUUCGUUGAACGAUAACAAGUUUGAUAGGUCAUCUAAACCAGUUGCUUAUGACGAUAAUAUGGCGAGUAAAAUUUUCUUAUUUGAUAGCCAAUUCGGUGGUCAAUCGUUUGAUCCGUUGUUUAAGGGAAGUAAGGGUAAAGGCCAAAAAACACAAUUUUUAUUCGAUGACGAGCCAUUUGCAGGCAAUACAAAUAUACAAAAUGAAUUUAUGGCCAAAGUAAUGAGAGAAUGGGCUACAAAAAAGGUUCAAGAAUGAUACGAAUACGUGAGAAACUCGUAUUAGAAGAUUUAUGUUGAAUUUCUGUGAUUUUUUUUAAUUUGGGUAAUGCAUAUACGUUGCUGUAAGUUUUUCCAUUGUCCAAAAUUUUUUGUUUUUUCAAUAAAAAAUUGAUGGGUAAAUUUUUCUACUCAUUUCUUCUUUGGUUUUGUUUGUUUGUUGUUUUUUUUUAAAUUACUUUUACAUUUUGGCAACAAAAAAAUGCAUCAUUUUGAUAUGCUAUCUGAAAAAAAUUUUCUGUUAAAUACGUAAGAAUAUAACUUAUUUUUUUUGGAGUCCCUGCUUUUGUUUGAAAAUUUUUUCGUCAAUUUUAAUCAGGUUAAUGAGAAAUUUGUCGUCAUUUAUCAAAACCAUUAACCCGUGAAAGCUGGGAAGAACUUCGCGUAUUUAGCUUAUUUGAGCAAGAAAAGUUCCACUUUUCAAAAAAUGAUUUGUGAAAUUUGAAAAGAAAGUCCAAAUUACAUUUGAUAAGUACAUAUUGUUUUUUAUGUUUUUUUUCUGUUUUCAUUUUUUAAAUAUUAAAUGGAAAUAUUAGUAAGUAGAUAUAGUUUUUAAGCGUAUAGUUGUACGCGAUACCACCUCGAGUAGUAGUAUGACUCAAUGAUGAUUCAAUUCUGUAAGUUCAUUGGAUUAAUGUUUAAAUGUAGCCCAAUUCGUAAAGAACACAGCGAGUGUAAAUAUAUGUAUGUACUUCGAAUAUGUGAAAUACUGAAACAAAAAUGGCAUUCAAUGGUACCUGAAUAUUAUACGAGUAAUGUUAUCACAUUUAGUUGUACACUUUUUAAGCAUGAAUAAAAAAAUUCCGACGAGAUAAUUGUGCUCAAAUUUUUAGAGCUUCUCCCAAAGGAACCUCCCAAAAUACAUU